CGCGGGGUUGGAGCGGGCGCGGGGGCGCGCGCCGGCCUGACGGACGGACGCUCAGACCGACGGACCGAGCAGCUGAGGCCAGCGCGCAUCUCCGACCCGCCCGGACGCAGCGCUCGCCCGGCGGCGGCGGCGGCGGCGAUCACCGGCUCCGGUCCGGCGGCCGCAGCGCCCGCCCUCGCCCGCGCCCCAUGGGGUCACAGAGCCUGUAGGAGCGGCGGCACCCGGCGUCCCCAUGAACAACCGGAAGGAAGACAUGGAAAUCGCGUCCCACUACCGGCACCUGCUGCGGGAGCUGGACCAGCAGCGGCAGCACGGGGUGCUGUGUGACGUGUGCGUGGUGGUCGAGGGCAAGGUCUUCAAGGCCCACAAGAACGUGCUGCUGGGCAGCAGCCGCUACUUCAAGACGCUGUACUGCCAGGUGCAGAAGACGUCGGAGCCGGCCACCGUCACGCACCUGGACAUCGUCACGGCCCAGGGCUUCAAGGCCAUCAUCGACUUCAUGUACUCGGCCCACCUGGCGCUCACCAGCCGCAACGUCAUCGAGGUGAUGUCGGCGGCCAGCUUCCUGCAGAUGACGGACAUCGUGCAGGCCUGCCACGACUUCAUCAAGGCCGCGCUGGACAUCAGCAUCAAGCCGGACGCCUCGGACGAGCUCGCGGAGUUCGAGGUGGGCGCCCCGCCGGGCGGCGGGGCCGACGCCCUCAUCUCCGCCGUCAUGGCCGGGAGGAGCAUCUCCCCGUGGCUGGCGCGGCGCGCCAGCCCCACCAACUCCUCCGGGGACUCGGCCAUCGCCAGCUGCCACGAGGGGGGCAGCAGCUACGGCAAGGAGGACCCCGAGCCCAAGGCCGACGGCCCCGACGACCUGAGCGUGCAGGCGCUGUGGCCGGGGGACGCGGGCUACGGGCCGCUGCGCAUCAAGGAGGAGCAGAUCUCGCCGCCUCAUUUCGGGGGCGGCGGCGGCGAGCCGCCCUCCGCCCGGGACGGGGUGCCGCAGAACUCGUUCCCCGAGCAGGCCGGAGCGGACGGCUGGCAGCCCAGCGGCCGGAGGAAGAACCGGAAAAACAAGGAGACGGUCCGGCACAUCACGCAGCAGGUGGAGGACGAGAGCCGGGCCGGCUCCCCGGUGCCGUCCUUCCUGCCCACGUCCGGGUGGCCGUUCAACAUCCGAGACUCAAAUUCGGACUUGACCAUCACCGAGGCCGGCAGCUCUGACAGCCGCGGGGAGAGGGCCGACCUCUACGGCCCCGGGGACGAGGGCCUCCUGGGGGCCGAAGCCAGCUACCUGGGCCCGCUGCUCACGCCGGAGAAGGAGGAGGCCCUGCAGCAGGCCACGGCGGUGGCCAACCUGCGGGCGGCGCUCAUGAGCAAGAACAGCCUGCUGUCGCUCAAGGCGGACGUGCUGGGUGACGACAGCUCCCUGCUGCUGGAGUACCUGCCCAAGGGCGCCCACUCCCUGUCCCUCAACGAGUUCACGGUCAUCAGGAAGAAGUUCAAGUGCCCGUACUGCAGCUUCUCGGCCAUGCACCAGUGCAUCCUCAAGCGCCACAUGCGCUCCCACACCGGCGAGCGGCCCUACCCCUGCGAGAUCUGCGGGAAGAAGUUCACGCGGCGCGAGCACAUGAAGCGGCACACGCUGGUGCACAGCAAGGACAAGAAGUACGUCUGCAAGCUCUGCAGCCGGGUGUUCAUGUCGGCCGCCAGCGUGGGCAUCAAGCACGGCUCGCGGCGCCACGGCGUGUGCACCGACUGCGCGGGCCGCGGCGUGGCCGGCCCGCUGGACGGCGGGGCGGCCGAGGGCUCCCCCGAGCUCUUCGCGGGCGACGGGCCGUACCUGGAGGACCCCGACGACCCGCGAGGGGAGGGCGAGGAGGAGCUGGCGGAGGACGAGGACGAUGUGGGCCUGGCCCACGAGGACGCGCUCCUGGGGGACGACAAGGACGAGGACGGCUCGCCGCAGGGGCCCCCCAGCCCCCCGGGGGGGCCCGACAAGGACUUCGCCUGGAUCUCCUAGGCCCCGGGGCUGGGCGCGGUGGGUGAAGGCAGUGCCGCCCCCGCACCUGUGCGCGCGGGUGCUUGGGGGUCUCCCCUGCCGGGGCGGGGGUGGGGCCGGCCGACCCCGCACAGCCCCUCCUCCGGGCCCCCCUUCCCUCUGCUCCCGCCCCCCAGCCACACCCGAGACGCCGGCCCUGGGGUCUCAGAAGCGGGUGCAGCCCCGCCGUGGGGCCCUGGGACCACCAAGUUGGCGGGGGCGGGGCGCGAGGCGAGUCCCAGCAGGUGCGUGUGGGGCAGCGUGGAGCGGGGCCAGGGUGUGGCCAACACCCCCUGGGUGUGGUGUCGAGCGUGGCCCCGAGGUCCAGGCCCCGGAGCUGAGGGGCUCUGCACCCACCGCAGGGCCUCGGCCCCCUCCCCUCUGCAGCCCCCACCCCCAGCAGCCCGGUCCUGUCGGUCACUGCCUGUCGCCCUUUGCCUUCCAGGCUCCGCCGCCCCUGGGCCCCCCGCAGAACCCGGUGUACAGAGAGCCCCGCGGCCCCGCCGCCUCUGGGCUUUGGUGCUCAACACAAAACAGCUGCGGAAGCCCCCCCAGGCCAGGGGCUCCCAGGUGCUAACUCCUGGCGGCGGCCGCAGUGGCCGGGGGUCCUGCGGGGGCUCCGCCCUCCGUUCUGUGUGCACUUCCUUGGGGAGCCGCGGCGGGCCGGGUCCCGUGGCCCCGCCCACCUGCGCGCCAGGCCCCGCCUGCUGCCCGCCCGCCCCGGGGUCCGCCUGCGCUGCUGCUAACUCUGGAGGCGGAGCUGCGCCUCCGCUCCCGGAUGGGUAACCAAACUUUCUCAGCGGAGAUGAGUUGAGAUCACACACAGUUCUCUCGGCUGGCGC